AUGUCCUCUCGCCAGAUCAUAUGCCCGAGGAGAGGUACACUAGCAAGCAAACAUUCAAUCGUGACGUAUUCUUCCCCAGAAACAAGCAUAAUACCUUGCGCUGCGAGUAUGUACAUCUUGCGUUGGCCCAUGGGAGUGUAUUUCUCUUAUAAGAUGAUCAUGGCUGCACAUGAACCGCCCGACAUGCUUUUGAAGAUAACAUUGCACCAGGAAAAACUUAUGUAA